AGCCAGUUUGGCUCAAGCCGUUUUGGCGCAGUGGCCGCCGGCGCCAGCACGCUCUGACGCAGUCCAGAGGCUUGCCGCAGUCAGCAAUGGGCGCGACCCACGGGCGCCAGCCUGCGCCCAGGGAGGACGGCCAGCAGGGCAGGAAGCGGAGGGUGAAGCUUGUAGCGAGUCCCAUCGGGCCGCCGAUGCCGGAGAUGCUCCAGGCUUACCACACCUCGGUCCUCGUGGACGACGUGGAGUUCUCCUUCAGCGGCCGGGGCAUUGACCAGCUCCAGGGCAUUGCCAGCCAUGUCCCCUUCGGCGGGAGGCCAACGAUAAUUGACAUGGGCUACACGAAGAUGUCCCGCACCGCCAUGAUAAAGUACCUGCACACGCACUUUAUGCCUGGAACGUAUGACCUUCUGAGGAAAAACUGCAACUCUUUCAGCGAUUGCGCGCUGAGCUUCUUGCUCGGGCAGAGGCUGGAGGAGAAGUAUCGGAGCAUGGAGAAGAUUGGGGCCCUCACGGACAAGCACGCGGGGGUGGUCAGGAUUUUUACAGGCGGCGGCUACCAGCCCAAUCCUAGAGUUGAUGGUUGGCAGUCUUACCAGGUUGUCGAGAAGAUAGACAAGCAGGUUGUGCGGCCGCCGUGAUGCACACCCACGUAAGAGUUCCGCAGGCAGUGAUUGCGAUUUCUCCCGUGGGCUGACCUUUUCCAAUUUGCUUUCCGUGAAGCUCACCUCGAGGCCCUUAAUUAUCUUAAUUCUUCACGCUUCGCGUAUCCCCACCAGCCCAUCUCAAAACAGCAACUCUUGGGUAAACCCCUCCCCGAAGGGGAAGAAGGGGGGUUGAGAACAGAGAGAGCUCGCUAAACCACUCACGCCCAAAGGGCUGGUGGGAUUCAUCACCUGCGCUCUCGGGUGCAUUGCAUGGUAUGACAAUGUUCUGUUGCCAAUGAGUAUGAACCUUUGGUUCGGCAGCCUUUUCACAUAGCAAGGCAUAUCCUGGAGGCUGGUUGUACACUAGCGCGGGUCUGACGACAGUCGCCGUCUACCGACAUCGCAUGCUUCGGCACUGGCCUCCCUUUCCCGCACGCGCGCUGCUCACGACCUCUUCUUCCUGCUGUUCCUCGUCUUGCAGCUCCUCUUUCGGAUGCUCCCCCGCCCAAAUAGAAAACAUCCGAGGCGGGGGGCGCCUCACUCCAAUUAUCUAGCUCCUCCGUCUGCCUGUCUCAUCAUAGUCAGCAUCAUUCUCAGC